CUAUAUUUAUUUAAUGUAACAACUACUUGCAUUGUACAAAAAAAGUGUAACUUCAAUAUUUAAAUAAAACCUCACAACGAAAUCAUGAGUAGUAUAGUUAAAAUCGACGCACCCUAAUUCGUCGAGCGACCAUCAGACCGCGAGCUGCCGCCGCGCCGGCGGGGGGAAGUCAACCGGGCACACCGCACAAGGCGUCAGCAGCGGCAACGUUGCUUCGUGUCGGCCAUUUUGAAUUAGUCGCGCGCUGCGUACGGGUGUAGUACCGUUGGAGUUAUCGGCAGUUAUAGUUGAUAAAGAUGGCAGCGGAAAUGACGUUGGAAGUAUUUGAAAAGCAUUUAUCUGAUUUUAAAAAGGAGGAUAUACAGAAAAAAAUGGACAUAGCCAGUAAUUUAAGCAAACAAUGUGAACUGUACAGACAAAUUGGGAAAGAUAGCACUCCUCCCUUAAUUAAGUGCCACAACCUUACUGGAGUACCCAAAGAAACUUUAAUGGCUGUAAGUUCUCUCGACAAGAAGUCAAUAAAGUUUGAUAAUUGGUUAAAAGAACAAAAACUACAAAGCCACAAUUUUGAGUAUAACAGAAUACGAAAAUUACUGUUACAUAACUACACACAAUUCCUAAAAAUACCAACAGGAAUAAAAAAGAGUGAAGUCUACGAGGGUUAUAAGAAGUUUUUCACUCUAGUACAGCUACCAGGGACGAAGGCUUCCAUCAUAGUCGAAAAACCAGAAACAGUCAUGGAGAGACAGCGGUUUUUACAAACAAAGAUGAUGUAUAAGGAACAAAAGAAAAACAUAGUGUACAUAGGCAAGAUAAACCUGCUCCUAAACCAUGGUAGAUUCAGUUACAAAGAAGACAACGUUGAAUCAAAAACACGGUUUAUUGUAGCAGCUUCGCAAACAAUUGGUCACUUGGGUUAUAUUUACUGUUGCGGUAGUAGCCAGGAGUAUAUGACGAAUUGGGUAGAAGAGAAAAUUUUACCCCAACUAACAGAGGAAAGCGUAAUAAUUUUUCAAGAAAACGUUUUAAGGAACGACGACGAUAAAGUUGUUAGUGACCUGUCGAAGGAAGACAUUAUCAAUUGGUUGAUUAAUAACGAAGUCCCUCAUGAUCCUAAAAUGCACCGAGCAGAAUUAUACAAACUUGUAAAGACAAAUCAAAAAAGUCGCGUCGAGAAACUGUCGCCAGCAGAACUCAGUUUUAGAGCAAAGGGCCAUAUUACAAUAAGGAAAAAGAGGUGCAAUUUAAACAACAACUUUUUUGAUCCUUUCUGGGGCUUUCUUAUACAUGAGAUGAACAACGCUACGACAAUACCAGUAAUAAAAACGACAAUGAAGCACCAUCAGCACGCUAUAACUAACACAGCAAAUAUAAUCGUUCAAAAUUGUCCGCUUGACUAUUGGAACAACUUAGGUAAUAUAUUGCUAGACAAGGAAAGAGAUAUCUAUAGAGAAGACUUAGAAAUGGAGCAUGUAAUAGAUAAACUGAUGACUAUGGUAAAACAUGAAGGAUUGCCGAAAGAAUGGGAGACUAAGUUAGAUGAAUACAAUAGAGCAGCGGAGCAGAAAUAUAUACUUCUUUCCGAUAAUCUAUUACAAUUGUUUGAAAAUAUGCAAAGAACUCAACAUUACAAAUCAUUAAACAUAUUUAAAUAAUAA